AGAAGGAGACAAAACCUUCUUCCCCAUAUCUGUGGGAUCUCCCCAGUUGGUCCCUCUCUCUCUCUCUUUUUGCUUUCCACCUGAAAACUCAUUCUCGCCGGCCGCUUUGGAUUCUCUAAAUUCUCCGAUCCGAUUUCCGGUUUAAUUUAAUUAAACCGGUUUAUCAACAUUCUCUCACUAGCUCCAUCUCCCUUCAUACCUUAAACCCUAAAAAUCGACCACUCAUGGCGAUUAGGGUUACCUUCACAUACUCCAGCUACGUCGCCAGGAACAUCGCUUCCUCCGCCGCGACUCGCGUCGUCGGCGGCACCGGAGACGUCCGGUCAUGCUUCGAUUACUAUCUCCGUCCCAGGAUCUUCAACCACGAUCUCGACAAACCUCCUCCGUCCUCAUCUUCCCCUAUGUACUCCACCAUCGCUAGGGAGCUCCUCGAGGAAGGAAGCAAGAGCCCGCUCGUCUCCGGGAUGAUCUCCGUCAUGAAGCUAACCGGAGCUCCGGAUCUGCUGGGGAUGAACAGCGCCACCGCCCUCGGGAUCUCGCCGUUCAAGGCUUCUUCCGUGAUUCCGUUUCUGAGGGGGUCUAAGUGGAUGCCUUGCAGCAUUCCGGCGACGCUGACGACGGAUGUCGAUAGGGGAGGGAAUGUGAAGGUGGAUCUUAGUCGUAAAGGCUCGAGCUUUGGGAACGGAUGGGUUAACAAGCUGUUGAAUAUAUGCUCGGAGGAUGCUAAGGCGGCGUUCACUGCGGUGACUGUUUCUCUUCUGUUCCGUUCCGCGUUGGCUGAGCCAAAGUCCAUACCUUCCAUGUCUAUGUACCCUACUCUUGAUGUGGGUGAUCGUGUUAUGGCUGAGAAGGUCUCGUACUUGUUCAGAAGGCCAGAGGUUUCUGAUAUAGUCAUCUUCAAGGCUCCUCCUGUUUUGGUGGAACAUGGUUAUAAUUGUACUGAUGUAUUCAUAAAAAGGAUAGUUGCAAGCGAAGGUGACUGGGUUGAAGUUUGUGAUGGAAAGCUCUUAGUGAAUGAUGCAGUUCAAGAAGAGGAUUUUGUAUUAGAGCCAAUUGACUACGAAAUGGAACCAAUGUUGGUCCCUGAAGGUUAUGUCUUUGUCCUAGGAGACAACCGCAACAAAAGCUUUGACUCUCAUAACUGGGGUCCACUUCCGAUAAAGAACAUUAUCGGAAGAUCUGUGUUUAGGUAUUGGCCACCGAGUAAAGUUUCAGACACAAUACACCACCAUGAGCAAGUUAUCCAAAAGGGGGCUGUUGAUGUUUCUUGACCGGUGCCGAUGGUUCUUAGGAUUAAGCAGGAAUUUGGAUGGAUGAUGAGGUGGUGCUAUAGCCAUCAUUUUGCCAUCAUUUUGACCCUGAAGUCAACAGAGCAAUUCUUUCGUUCUGUGUACUUCUAUGGAAGACAUGGAAUGUCAUGGGAAAAAAUCCCAAAGGAAAAAAAAUGGAAUAUUCUUUUGUUAAGAUUUUUUUUCUUGUUAUGUUGAAACGUAAAAACGUAAUCAUUGUGUAGACUGUCAAACGUUAAGGUGAGCGCUUAACAGGAAAUGUUGAAAACAUUAGUUUAUCAGUCUC